AUGGACGGAUACGUAAACGUUAAUUUUUUCUGGGGAGGUGAAAUCAUAAAACAAGAUAACGAUGUUCUCUACACCUUAGAUCCGAAAGAAAUGAUGUAUGUGAAAUUGAGCAGCUCACUUGAAGAACUACGAGAUAUGGUGUUCGGAUUGAUGCAUAUAAGUAGGCAUCAUUGGGAUGUCAAGCUUAGUGUGAAAUAUCCUCGAAUCGGGGUUAGUAACCUCGUUUCGGGAUUCUUUGUGAAGUCUGUUAAAUCGGGGUUAGUAACCUCGUUUCACUUGGGUGGAGACGUAUCAUUGUUUAUCGAGACCGAGAGUAUUGCUCAAUCCAGCCAACACUAUGGAGGCGAGUAUGGGGGGAACUAUGGACAAACCGGACAAACCGCUGCAGGUGGCCAAGUUUCAAAUUAUGUUGAAAACUACGGUGGGAGUUUUGGAGGCGAUUAUGGGGGAAACUAUGGACAAAGCCAGGGCAUGCAAGGAUGGUCUAGCGGCUACAACUACGGGACGAUUGGAGAGUAUGGUGGUGGCUCGAGUAAUACGGGUCGUUUUGUUGUUGAAGAGGUUGUGGAUGAGGACGAUUUGAGUGGUAGACAGCCAUCACCGGCUCGUCAAACCCCGAAAAGAGGUGCAGCUAUAGCUCUUGCACUGGAGAACGAGGAGGAUGAUGAAGAGUAUGGCUCGGAAAGAGCCAUAAGCAGCAGUGACGAUUCGGAGUGGAAUCUAUCACAGGAGGAUGUUCCGGAAAGUGAAGAUUUUUCGGAGGUUGAUUCCGAUGAAGAAAGAGAGGGAAACAUGCACUUGCAAACACAGGCAUUGUCUAUUCAUGAACCUAGAGCUACAUGGUUUGGAUCCCAGGAUUACGAGCCUGUGAUUGUGUCCAACAAGGACGCAGUUAUGUCACUCGGGUUUGAUCCCGCCGCCGAUGAGUUGACCGAAGGAGCUCUAUUUGCUACCAAGGAAGUGCUCAUAGCUGCUGUGAAACAUGCACACAUAAGUACAGAUCGAAAUUUCAUCGUGGAGAAAAGCUCCACGCAAGUCUACAAAGUUAAAUGUGUGGUUUCAAACUGCAAGUGGAAGCUAAGGGCCGCGAAGAAGAAGUCCCACGGCCUUUUUCAAAUAACUAAAUGUCCAGAGAUUCACACAUGCCUACUGGAUAGACCCACGCAGGACCACCGCAAAAUUUCAGCAAAAAUGAUUGGCUAUGUGGUUGCUCCCUACAUCUCCCAGACCCCUCAAUUGAAGGUAAGCAACAUCAUCACAAUGGUCAAUGAUGAGUACCACCAUUUGGUUAGUUACUUGAAAGCAUGGAGGGGGAAGAUGGCCGCCAUGGAAAGCGUUUAUGGAAGCUGGAAGACAACCUACAACGAGCUCCCUCGGUUCCUUAAUGUCAUGGCCAGUACAAAUGUCGGAAGUAUAGUUGUGGUUGAGGUUGUUCCACAUCAUAAAGAGAGGGGUACAUCGACAUUUGUUCGUGCAUUUUGGUGCCUAAAAGCAAUGAUUGAUGGUUGGCAGUAUGCACGGCCAGUUAUUUCCAUUGAUGGUACAUUUCUUAAGGGAAAGUAUAAUGGGAAAUUGCUGGUCGCGGUGGGAGUCGACUCUAAUAACCACCAAUAUCCCAUAUGCUUCGCCCUUGUUGAUGAGGAAACAACUGAAAAUUGGUCUUGGUUUCUACGUCUUUUACGUAGACAUGUAUGCCGAGAUAGAUUGGGGGUUUGUAUUAUAUCUGACCGUGCGACGGGGAUCCUUGCUGCAAUGAAUGACGAAGCGAGUGGUUUUACCCCGCCGAUGGGCUAUCACAGAUUCUGCCUCCAUCAUGUUAGGAGCAACUUCUCCAAGGCAUUCCCGGGAAAGGAGCUUAAAAUGUACAUGUGGUUAGCCGGCAAUACGCCACAAAUUAGGAAAUAUGAUGCCUACAUGAAGAAGAUUGGAGAGCUUUCGCCUCAAGGCUUGAGGUGGUUGCUAGGGAUAAGUCCAGCCCUCUGGACUAUUUGUCAUGACACAGGCCACGCUCGUUUCGGCCAAGCUACCACAAACAUCACGGAGAGCUUUAAUGGUAACGUGCGCGUGGCUCGGCACCUACCUGUGACCGCAAUGAUUGAAUUCAUGUUUUAUAAAACUGUUAGGACGGUCAAUAAGGAGAGGAACGCAGUGCUUGAGGGCAUUGGGGAGGGUCAUGAACUUUGUCUAAGGACGAGAAAUAAGUUGGAGAAGAUUGCAGCCAAAGCUAACACACACUGGGUCGAGACAUUUAAUUGA